CUUGGCAGUUGAAGUGCUAGUGACGAAUCCUUGGAUAAUAUUUCAGGUUAGCCCCAAGUCCAGCCUGACGGAGACCGUCUGCCUCUGUAACCACCUGACGAUGUUCGCCACGGAUGCGUUCGUCCCGCCGAACAGCAUCAACUUCGCCACGGUGUUCAGCAAACCCCUCCACACCAGCGGCAUCGUGCUGUCGACAGUCAUAUUUCUGUGGCUCAUCCUCUUCGUGGCAAUGGUGUAUGCAAGGCUGGAGGACAUCAAGGAUCGCAAGAAGUGGGUGACGUCAUCCCUGCCUGACGACAACCCCCAUGACCAGUUUAAGUAUGAGAUCACCGUCUACACCGGCACUGCACGGAAGGCUGGUACCAGGUCAAAGGUUGCAUUUCUUCUGGGUGGAGAAAAAACAGACACCGGGGUGCGCAUCUUUGACGACAGGAAAGAUCUCUUUAAGGCUGGAAGCGUCAACAAGUUUCUCAUGAGCACCCCACGUGACCUGGGGACACUCACGCACAUGCGCAUUUGGCAUGACAACAGCGGAAAGUGGGAGCAAGCGUCUUGGUUCCUCCAGAGGGUCAAGGUUCAUGACCUUCAAACGGAGCAAAUAUCCCAGUUCCUGUGUAACGGCUGGCUGGCCGUGGAGGAUCCAGAAGGGAUCGACCGCGUCAUCCCCGUGGCGAGUCCAGACGAGCUGACGUCACUGGGUCACCUGUUCCGUACGUCCGUGCGUCACGUGCUGACAGACAAACACCUGUGGUACUCCAUCCUGUCCCGUCCCACCCGCAGUACCUUCAGCCGCGUGGAGAGGAUCAUGUGCGGCUUGUCUAUGCUCUUCAGUGCCAUGGUGGCCAGUGCCAUGUGGUACAGGUCUGACGACAGUGCAGGAGGCCAAAAUGCCCUGCGGAUCGGCCCACUGACCUUCACAGUGACGACACUGUACAUCAGCUUCAUGACGACGCUAACCGUUUUCCCCAUCAACUUCAUCAUCGUCCGUCUCUUCCGCAAAACCAGGAGAAACGACCUGAACGUCGUCGUGCCCGAUGAUGAUGAUGAGCAACCAGGCACUUCACAAGAUGGCGGCGUUGAACAGGGCAAAGAUGCAUCACCACCCGUCAUGGUAGAAUCAGGCUGCCAGACAGAGGACAGCGACAUGGUCAUUUAUAACCUUGAUGAAGAGUUCGUCAUGGAGUGCGAAGUUGAUGAGGAAGAGAAAGACGAUGCUGUACAGAGUAGCGUGGAAAUCCCCAGGAAGAAGACAGGCCUUCCGCCAUGGUGCAUUUACAUCGCUUGGUUCCUCGCCUUUUCUGUGGCGUUUGCGUCCUCCUUCUUUGUCGUGUUGUACAGUCUUGAGUGGGGCUACAAGAAGUCGGAGGAGUGGUUCACGUCCUUCGCCAUGUCGUUUCUUCAGUCCGCCUUCGUCUUUGAGCCGGCGAAGGUCAUCUUGAUUACGUCAUUCCUGACGUAUUUGCGGAGGAAGCCGGCAGACGAUGACGGCGGUUCAACCACGGAACAACGGUACUUCGUACAGCCUGCCGCACCCAUGGAUGCAAGAGAGCUUCAGAGGAGGAAGAAGCUACCGAAGGAGAACAAGGGACGACUGGAGGUCGCUCGAAACCACCGCGAGAAGCAGAUCCGAAUGAACCGCAUCAUCUACGAGACUUUGUCCCUCUUGGCCUUCGUCAUCGUGCUGAUCGUGGUGACGGAGGUAGACAGGGACCCGAACGCCUUCUACUUGGACAAGUCCCUGCGGGGGACUUUCGUGAAUGGAAUGGACAAGGUCAAGACAGCCCAAGACUUCUGGAAGUGGACAGAGGCUGUCCUCUUGCCUGGCGUGUACUUCAACACCUGGUAUAACGGUGCGGUGGGGAAGAGGGCGGACCGGCUACAUCUGUUCGACACUGUAGCGUACAGGUUCCAACCGCCACGGCUUCGUCAGCUCAGGGUGGCACCCGGUCACUGCAAGGUCGAUAGCUCCGUGAAAUCUCGCAAAUGCAUUUCUGGAUUCUCCUGGAACGUCCAAGAAUCGGGUGACUUCUCAGAAGGCUGGAGGCCUCGUGGCCCUGAAGAUAACUCCACGGGGCCAUGGACCUUCCGUCCCGCCUAUCAACUGAAGGGGCUGCCGACGUUUGGACAACUGGCGACGUACCCCGGCGGUGGUUACGUGUCUAUCAUGAAGAAGUCUAAGAUGUCAACGAUGAAGAAGCUGGAAGAACUCAAGAAUAACACCUGGAUCGACCGAUACACUAGAGCGGUCAUGGUCGAGUUUACUGUUUACGCGGAAGGAAGCAACCUUCUUAGCUCGGUAAACCUAGUCUUCGAGAUGAACACCGCAGGAGCGUUUGUCCCCUACUCGACAAUCAGCACCUACCGCCUCUUCAACUACGAGGGAAGCAGGGGAAUUGUGGUCUUGGUGUUCCAGAUGCUUUUCGUGACGCUGCUUGUGUAUGUGACCAUACGGGAAUGGGAAAGGGCUCGGAAGGGGAAAGCGAAGUACAUACAAGACUACUGGAAUGCUUUGGAGAUAGCCACCAUAGUUGGUGGAUUCGUGGCUGUUGUGAUGUAUGGAGUUCGUGAGGCGUUCUCCAACGCGGCUUUGACUGAUAUCAAGAACAGCCGCUACACAGACGAUGACGUGUUUGUGAAUUUCCAACAUAUCGCUAACUGGGAUGCCACCUACCACUACGUGGUCGACUUUGUCGUCUUCAUCAACAUCAUCAAGUUCGUGCGCCUCCUCCGCUACAGCCGCCGUAUGACCGUCAUGGUCACAGUCCUGGCCACCAUGCGGACCGAAAUCAUCAUGUUCUUCAUCCUCCUCUUCUUCCUCUUCUUUUCUUUUGCUCAGCUGCAGAAUCUUCUACUUGGGUCUCACGUGGAAGGUUUUCGGUCUGUUGCACAGUCCGCACUGCAUCUCUUUCCUUCACUUCUGCGCCGGUACAAGUUGGGGAAAAUGAUUGAAGUAGAACUCAUCAGUGUGGGUUUCUUUGCUGCCUUCUUUGUCGCAUCUUUCCUGAUCCUUGUGAACCUCCUCCUGAGCGUCAUGAGGAGGGCCAUCGUCAUCGUCAAACGUCAGAUUAAAUGGGAACAGUCUCGUGAUCUCGAGAUGGCCGAGUUUAUCAGGAACAACUUCCUGUCAUGGCUCCCGCUAGGAGACAAGAUAGGUGAGUGA